GAAUAAGGGUGGGAGAGGGGGUGACUGGCAAAGGGAGAAGAACUCCACAUGAAGAUUUGUCAUUUUGUGGUAGAGGUCUGGCUUUAGCGAGCUGUUCAGAGAAGCAGAAGAAGGUGACCAGCACUGAAAGAAAGCUUAGGAAAAGAAGAGUGAAGUAAAGGUGGUAGAAGUGAGAGAAACAGUCCCUAUAUAACUUCAUACAAAAAAAAAAAAAACAGAAAGGCAAAAGUUUACAACGCACUGCAACAAUUCAGGUGUGUGUGGUUUGGCUCUGGUGACCAUGCGUACAACAUUGAUGGGUUUCUAUCUGCUGCUCCUGCUCCUUCUGCCCUACACUUCUCUCAGUCAGAGACAGAGCUACAACGCAGUAACAGAUGAGAACGACGAGGAGCGCGAUAAGAUGUUUGUUGAUGUCCUGAGUCGCUUUGGAAUUGAAAGCACUCAACUCUCACCAAAACAGCGCCUUGAGCCACGGGGAGUGCGCACCACGAGUCCUAUGUCAUCAAACCCUAAACGAGCAAUGCAGGGCUCACGUUUUGCGCUCUCCCUUGAUGUACCCACUACCAUUUUAAGUGUCCUGAUAGACAUGGCCAAAGAGCAUGACAUGCGGGCCAAGGCUGCAGCCAACGCCGCGCUCAUGGCACGCAUUGGUUAAAGGAAAUAGACAAAUAGAUGUUGUACUUGUGGACUUGACUCACAGACUAGCAGCAAAGCAAGAGAUAUGAAGUAACCAGGUGAUAUGUUAUAAAACGAACUGUACUGAACCUGCACCUGGCAACUUUGUGGAAACUUAAAUGAAAAAGAAAAAAAAAAGAAACUCUAGAAACGUGUUUGUCUAAUCAGCCAAGUCAGAACAGUGUGUUUGUCUGAAUAGUGUAACAGCCAAAGAGAGGACACCAGCAGAAUAAAAAUGGAGGCAGGCUAUUUAGAUCUCUUUGUUUGUUAUGUGUAUACUUGUAUAAUAAAUUGUGCUAAUUUGGCUCUGUUUGUGUCUACUUGUUGUUAUGUUGCUCAUGUAGCUCAUGUCAUACUCAUGGAAUUAAUUACAGAGAUGAUGCAUGGAGAAGAUUGAAUUGUUGAGAUGGGUGGUGAUGUGUGACAGAUAAGAGAACAAUGGAGGAACGGAUAU